ACUGUCACUGUCACUUGUCGUUUGUCGUUCGGCUGUCAAUGACACAGGGCAGAUUUCAUUAAAUAAUACAUUAAUUUUCGGAAUAUUUUCAAAAUUAUCCAGUGGAAAUAUCCAAUUCAAACUGUUAAAAUGCUUUCCAGGGCUGCGAUUUUAACAGGCCAGAGCUCAAAAUCUCUUGUAGCUACUUGCUUAAGAACCACUGGUACUUCGGCAGUAAGUAACCAGGUAGCCAAAACCGACGACAAACCCAGCGAAGUUGGUUUCCAGAGACCCGUGAGGCAAGAACCAGGUAAAGUCAGGAUGGGUUUUAUACCCGAGGAGUGGUUCCAAUUCUUUUACAAAAAGACUGGUGUAACUGGUCCCUACACAUUUGCCGUUACCCUGUCUACUUACCUCGUGAGCAAAGAAAUUUACGUGUUGGAACAUGAAUACUACACCGGACUGUCUUUGAUCAUUAUGUGGACGUACGGUAUUAAAAAAUUGGGUCCUAAAUUAGCUGCAUACCUCGACAAAGAAAUCGAUGAAUACGAAGGCCAAUGGAAUGAAAGUAGAGUAACGCAGAAGAAUACUCUCGGCGAACAAAUAACUGAAGAAGAGAAAGCUCAGUGGAGCAUGGAAGGACAGAACCUUCUAGUUGAGGCUAAGCGUGAGAACGUAGCACUUCAACUCGAAGCCAACUACAGGGAGAGGCUCGUUCAAGUUUACUCCGAGGUGAAGAAACGUCUCGACUUCCAAGUCGAAAAACAAGAAAUUGAACGCAGAAUUUCCCACAAGAAUCUUGUCGAUUGGGUUGUGGCUAAAGUGAGGGCUUCUAUCACAGCCGAUCAAGAAAAGCAAAACAUCAAUAAGUGCAUCAGCGAUUUGGCUCUAUUAGCCAAGGCUUAAAGUUAAUUUUAUGUACAGUAUACAAUUUAAGCUGAAAAGUGUAGCCGUCAACUUUGUUUUAUCAUUUAUUCUUACACAGUACAUUAUGGUUUAUUUAAGAAUACUACCCGUCUUUACAAAUAAAUUUAAUUCAA